AUGUCAGACAAUGAGGACUUAUCGCUACCCCGUGCUACAGUGCAGAAGAUACUUACAGAGAUUCUUCCAAGCGACACAUGUCUCUCAAAGGAAGCAAGAGAGGCAUUGAUUGAGUGUUGCAUCAACUUUAUCAUGAUUGUGGCCACAGAAUCAAACGACAUUGCGGAGCAAGACCUGAAAAAAACGAUAUCCACAGACCAUGUGAUCCACGCGUUGCAGACGUUGGGGUUCGAGCAUUAUAUACCUAUUCUGGAGGAGUUUGUGGAGUCGUGCCGAAAUAACGCCAAAAUCAAGGAAAAGCGCAAAGAGAGCAAGUUUGUCAAGUCAGGCUUAACGGAAGAGGAGCUCUUGGCAAAACAACAAGAAUUGUUUAAGGCAAGUAGGGAUAGGUUGCAAAAAUAA